CCAUUGAAUCUAAGUCCCAGCAGUUGAUUGAACGUUAUUUCCUUCGUAUGGUCCCCGACAGCAAGAAUCCAAAACCCCAAAAGCAAAGCACAUCUUUUGCCUCUUCCUUUCUCUUACUUUUCCUUCUCCACUUCGAUAUUUCGAUGUGGAGAAAUAAACCCACCAAAAACAGCAAAAUUUCUAGCUGAAAACACCAAUUUCACAGCCAAGAAAAGCUAAAUAUGUCUCGAUCCGAAUCUUUCCCAUCCACCACCACCACCAGCGUCCAUGUCACCGCCCUAGACGGCCUGGUAAAUGUUAAUUCCCUCUUUACAAUAGCAGUCUUUGUUGGUCUCUCCUUGACUACUCCCGGCCAGCACAGCCUCGAAAACCCAUCUGCCUGCGAUGCCGGCAUCGACGUGGCUGAGAAACUCCUGAUUUUCGAGGUGGUUUCUUUCAGCUUCUUUCUGUUUUCCUCUCUAGUGGCCCAAGGCCUUAAAUUGGCCAUUAAUUUGUUAAAUAGCAAGGAUGUGGAUGAGAUCUUCAGGGCCCAUAUAAAUAUAAAGGUGUUGAGGUUUGGAAUGUUGACCUCCGCCGUUGGUUCUGUGAUGGGGUGCUUGUUUUUGAUGCUGUCAAUGGUAAAUGUGAUCCAGAUUAGAUUGGGGAUGCUAUCUUGUGGGAGUAAGUCCGCAGUGCACGCGGUGGCUGCACUGGCGGUUCUGAUGACCUCUGCUCUGGCUGUUUAUAUUUCCACUGCUGUGUAUUCCUUUUAUCAUUGAAUCAUAUUGUUGGUUAUUUGCCGAAGUUUGUUAAUCUAGAGUGAUUAGUCACCUUGGUAGUUUCGUAUCAGCUAUUUGUACGAGAAGAACCUAUGUCUUUGCUUACUGAAAUUUAGAAUGUCCUCGGCACUGAAGUCAUCCAA